UCCCAUAGUUCUCUCUUUCAUUAAUUCUCUUCCAUUCACCUCCUCUCUUCUUCUAUAACCCUCAAUAAUCUCUCUCCUUCCCUCCAUCCUUUUCUUCAUUGUUUUCUCCCUCUAAAAAUCUUCUGAUCUCACAUCUCUCUAUAGACACACACAUAUCUAUAUAUAUACACACAGGCACAUAUUGUCAAUAUAUAUACAUGUUAUCAAAUUUUAGUAUAGAUUGUAGUUUUGGUGUAAUGUUCAUGAAGCCUCCUUGAAUGUCGUUCUGUUUUUCCUGGUAAUUAGGAGUUGGACUGUUCUUUCAGAUUGUAUACGUAAAUAAUGGAAAAUUCAGAGUUUGAGGAAAUUUUAAGCUCAAUUGGUGAGCCUAAGUUACAUGGAGGAAUGUGCAAGGAUCUAACUGUGGUUUAUGCAAAAGUGUUGGGUAUAUUUCCAGAACUUGAAGCAGCGCGACCUAGAAGCACGACGGGAAUCCAGGCGUUAUGUGCUCUGCACAUAGCCCUUGAGAAGAUAAAGAAUAUCCUUCAACAUUGUGCUGAAUGCAGUAAACUUUACCUGGCGAUAACUGGAGACUCUAUUGUCCUUAAAUUUGAGAGAGCGAGGUGUGGACUUGAAGACAGUCUAAGGCGAGUUGAAGAUAUAGUUCCUCAGGCCAUUGGUUGUCAGAUAUCAGAAAUUUUAAAUGAACUUCAUGGGAUCGUGUUGACGCUUGAUCCAAAUGAAAAACAAGUGGGUGAUGAGAUAAUCACAUUGCUUCAGCAAGGCAGAAAUUUUGAUAGCAAUGGGAAUGACAACAAUGAACUUGAAUCUUUUCACCAGGCUGCUUCUAGACUUGGCAUUACCUCCUCAAGGGCAGCCCUUAGAGAAAGGAGAGCUUUGAAAAAACUGAUUGAAAGAGCACGGGCAGAAGAGGACAAGAGAAAGGAGUCGAUCGUUGCAUUCCUUACGCAUCUAAUGAAAAAAUACUCGAAAUUGUUUAGAAGUGAGCUCUCGGAUGACAAUGAUUCACAAGGUUCAACACCAUGUUCUCCGACUGUUGGGGAUGGUAUUGGACAUGGAAGUCAUGCACAUGUCUUUGAUCGACAAUUUUCGAAGCUUAGUUCCUUCAAUUUCAAACCUAACUAUAGGAAACUAGACCAGAUGCAAGUCCUUCCUGAAGAGUUGAAGUGUCCAAUCUCAUUGCAGCUUAUGUAUGACCCUGUGAUUAUUGCAUCCGGGCAAACAUAUGAAAGGAUUUGUAUUGAGAAGUGGUUUAGUGAUGGGCACAACACAUGCCCAAAAACUCAGCAGGAGCUUCCUCACCUUGGUUUGACUCCUAAUUACUGUGUGAAAGGCCUGGUUGGCAGCUGGUGUGAACAGAAUGGAGUUCAUGUUCCAGAUGGCCCACCCGAGUCUCUCGACUUUAACUACUGGAGGCUGGCAUUGUCUGAAAGUGAAUCUACAAAUUCUAAAUCAAUUGAAAGCAUUGGAUCCUACAAGUUCAAGGGUGUUAAGGUGGUCCCUCUGGAGGAUAGUGGUGUUAUAGAGGAGCCUGAAAUUGAUAACUCUGAACAGGAUGAUGAACAACUUCAGUCUAAUGAUAUAGGAGAAAAAUAUGAGAAUUAUUUGACUGUUCUGAACGGGGACAAUGAUAUAAUGAGAAAAUGCAAAGUGGUAGAGGAGAUGAGGCAUUUGCUAAAGGAUGAUGCAGAAAUCAGGAUUUAUAUGGGGGCAAAUGGCUUCAUCGAAGCUUUGCAGCGGUUCUUGGAUUCUGCUGUUGAAGCUAGGAACGAGAUGGCUCAGGAAAUCGGGGCCAUGGCUCUCUUCAACGUUGGUGUAAAUAAUGACAGAAACAAAGAAAUGAUGUUAGCUGCAGGAGUACUUCCAUUGCUGGAAAAAAUGAUCACUAAUUCUAGGUGUAUUGGAGCUGUGACUGCACUUUACCUGAACCUUUCCUGCCUUGAAGAAGCCAAGCCUGCAGUUGGAAGCAGCAAAGCCGUGCCCUUCUUGAUCGGGGUUCUUCAACACGAAUCUGAUGUUCAGUGCAAACUGGAUGCUCUCCAUGCCAUCUAUAAUCUCUCCACCCACCCAACCAACAUAACACACCUCAUUUCGGCUGGGAUUCUAAACACUCUUCUAGCCUUAAUGACAUGCUCAUAUGAUGACGAGGAGCAUACAUGGACAGAAAAAUGCAUAACUGUUCUCAUAAACUUGACAUCAAGCAAAGAGGCACAGGACCAAAUCGUAUCAGCUCCCGGGCUCAUCAGUAGUCUGGGAUCGGUUUUGGACACAGGGGAGGCCGUGGAACAGGAGCAAGCUGCAGCAUGUCUUUUGGUGCUCUGCAAUGCAAAUGAGAAAUGCAGCCAAAUGGUGCUUCAAGAAGGGGUGAUCCCUUCUUUGGUGUCAAUGUCAGUGAACGGGACCGUGAGAGGGAAACAGAAAGCGCAGAAGCUAUUGAUGCUGUUCCGGGAGCAGCGACAGAAGGAGACUUCGCCUGUUAAAACGAGGCAACAGCAGCCUGCAGAACAUGUCGAUAACCCCAUCCCGAACCCCAACCCCAACCGCAACCCCAACCCCACACCCAACCCCAACGAGGAUCCAAAGCCAUUAUCCAAAUCAUCUUCCAGAAGAAAACUGGGGAAAGCCUGGACUUCCUUUUGGAAGACCAAGAGCUUAUCAGUGUACCAGUGAUAAGAUUCUUCUGCUCACUAAUCUGUAAAUUUAUAUAUUUCCUGUUCUAAAUUCUAAUGGGCAGGCAGGCAUUUAGUUGUCAGCAGCAGAAGAAGAAUGUGUACAGGCCUGUCUAGUUUAUAAGAUUUCUAAAGAUUAAUUUCUUCUUCGGCUUGCUC